AUUUGUAAUGUAUUUGUAUGUCAUUUGUAUUAAUAGUAAAUGUCAUCCAAUUUAUUGACUCAUUGUUUGCAAUCAUUGUUUUGUUUGUAUAAUAAAUAAAUAUAUAUUUUAUUUAUCACGUAAUCAGCAGUAAUUGAGUUACAAUUUGUGAGUUGCAGUCAUUGAUAUAGCCGUCAAUUAUCACCGAUUGAGUGGUCAGUGUUUGAUCGGAAAGUAUGGAAGCCGUACCUAAACUACCGAUGAUUUACUUUGAGCUCAAAAUAAGUCCCGUUUGUCCCGACUUUGCGACGCCUUUCAAGAAUUUCAUAUCUUCCCAUUACUCAGAAGAUGGCAAUUCUUAUGACAGAGAGAUCAAUGAAUUGGAAAAUUUAAGAAAUAAGGCCACACGUGUUCCCCGAGAUUUUACCGGUUGUUCGCUACUAAAGAGAUAUUAUUCACAGAUAUAUAGUCUUUUGAACCGGUUUUCUGCUUUUGACCCAAAUGUGGGCGUAGAGUGUGUUUGGGCCGAUGUAUAUUCUGGACAGACAGUGAUCGGUGAUCUGGACUUUGAGUUGUCGUGUGUCCUCUACAACAUCGGUGCUCUUCACGCUGAGUUGGGUGCUCUUGAUAUGCGAAACACAGCCGACAGUAUGAAGGUUUCAUGCACUCACUUCCAGUGUGCGGUUUGGGCUUUUCAGCACUUGAGAGAUGAUAAUAGACUUUAUAAAAGCAAAGACAUGUCACACGAAUUGUUGUCAUUCUUUGUUCAGGUGAUGUUAUCUCAAGCACAGGAGUGUAUUCUUGAGAAGUCAAUGCUAGACAACCGCAAGUCAUCAAUUGUUGCCAAAGUGGCCGCUCAGGUGGUUGAGUACUAUAGUAGUUCUUUGUUGAUUCUGUUGCAAUCCGCUGUAAAUACCAGUGCCAGUCAUACUAUUGUAGACAUUGUUGGCUCAAAAUUAUAUAAAGAGUGGAAAAAGUUUAUUGAAUUUAAAGUUUCGUAUUAUAAUUCAAUUUGUGCUCUUUUUAUGGGAAAUUUAGCUGAAGAACAACAAAAAAUGGGUGAAAGAGUUGCGUGGUUUCAGUCCGCUGAAGCAAAACUUAAUGAAUCGAUAAAGUUGUCCAAACAGAUAGACAAACCCGAACUCAAUGAAGGGCUUGUUUUUGUUUCUGAUGUGAUUAAUGUUAAACUUCAGAACGCUAUUAAAGAAAAUGAUUUUGUUUAUCACGAAAAGGUUCCCACAAAUGAUAAGCUGACUGAAGUUAAAGGCGUUUCUCUCGUUAAAGGAAUCCCUUUCAGUGUCUGUGAUCCAGAAAUUUGUGGAAAUGAUAUAUUCAGUAGACUCGUACCCAUUGAAGCACACGAAACAAACUCUAUUUAUAGCGCAAAGAAAGAUGAAAUUAUGAGAGAUAUUCGAUAUAAAAUUGAUGACAAAGAUGAAGAGUUAACCGCUUAUAUGGCAUCACUUCAAUUGGACAAAGAAAAGGUCCGCACAAGAGAUGAACCGAUUCCCGAUAAGCUUAUUGAAGUGUGCGCUGCAAUGUCUGUCAAUCCAAACGUUAUCAUUGAAGUGAAUAAUGUUUUGACAGAAUUAGAAGAAAUUAGUGAAGAAGUAGAUAAAGCUAUUAAUGAAACGAAAUCACUUCUUGAAGAGGAAGAAAAUAAGGAGAAAGAACAUCAAAAUUUAUAUGGAAAGAGACCCAUCUCUAUGAUUGUUGUUGAACUCAACAAAGAGUUGACCAAACAUGAAGAAACACAUAACAAAGCAUUAUUGUCCAACAGAUCACUUAGAGAUAAUCUGGAGCGACAUUGCGAUGACAUUAAGUUAUUGAUUACAUCGUCAGCUAAGAAUGUUUCGUCUUUAUUACCACCGACUAACACUAAUGUGCCGUUUGAUGAAACAAACUUAACUGAAAUGGAGAAACUUCUCGACAAAGUUAAUGAAAUGAAGACACAACGCUCUAGUCUUGAAAAUCAAUUGAGAGAAACGAUGGCUACCGAUGACCUAAUGAAACAAGUUUUGACUCAUAAUAAGCAAGAAAUUGAAGAAGUUUUCAAAAAUGAAAUAAAAAAGUACGAUAAGACCAGGUCUUUAAUAGAGCAAAACCUGUCAGCUCAAGACAAUAUACUCCGGGCACUGACCAAAGCUAACGCUAAAUAUAGUGAAACUCGAAGAGCUCUUUUGGAUAAUCAGAGCAAUAGAAAUGCAAGAAUUGAUUCACUUAUUCAUACAUUUGAAGUGUUUAAAGAGUUGCAAAUCAAUUCAAAAAAAGGUUUGGAAUUUUAUCAAAAAUUCCAGAACAUUGUGGCCCGACUUCACGCGCGAACACGUGGUGUUUGUCGUGUUCAGGAUGAAGAAAGAGCUCAAAUUAGUUUGUCUUACAAGAAGAAGAACACAAACUAUUCAUUAGAACACAACGUCAACGUCGCCUUAAAUGGUGACACUCCGGGCACUCCUAAACUUAAAGAUUAUCUUCAAUACAUGAAACAAAUGUCGAAACCUAUUCCUGCAGCUAAUGUUUUAGCGAACAAUUCAGUAAUAAUGCCACCUUUAGCUCAAAACUACCCGCCUGUAAGCCUCAGUCAAAAUUCACUAAACAAUCGAUACGAAACUAAUGAUCAAACAUUACCUAUAAAUCAAAACCAGUAUUCUUCACAAGAAACUCAACAAAACCAACAGAUUCUGCCACAAACACAAACAUCACUUCAACCACAACAGGAACAGCAGCUAUCAGCACAACCACAGACCCAACAAUACAUUCAACAACAACAACAGCACAUUCAAUAUUCACAGACUCCAACUCUAACCACACAAAUUAAUCAACAGUAUACUCAGCCUUCGCCAUCACAAUCACCACAGUUUCAACAACCAAUUCAACAAUUUCCACAUCAACCUCCUCAGCAAUAUCAACAACAAUAUCAAAAUAAUAUUACACAAUAUUCUCAUUACACACCACAAGGUAUGCAACAAUAUUCAGGCCAUCAACAGACAAUUCAAUCAGAACAACAAUUACAGGUCCAAACAACUCAAUACCAAACUCAACUUCAGCAGCAGUUACCACAUUCACAACAAAGUAAUUUUACAGUUCAACCAACGAGUACUGAGUCCGCUAUUUCUCAACUAUCCUAUUAUCAAACUCCACAACAAAUGCAAUUUCCUGCAACAUUAUCACCGACAACAACAGUUACAUCAAAUACAAUUGCAGAAGGAGUUUCUCAAAAAUAUCAACAACAGAUAAUUGCUCAACCAACUGUUCAAUCUUCAGGUCAUAUUUAUCAACAACAACAACCUAUAGUUUCUCAACAACAACCGAUUCAUCAAUAUUCUUCAACACAACCAUUACAACAACAAUAUACACAAUAUCAGCAAAAUGUCAAUCAAUAUCAGCAACAGCAACAAAUACCAACCAUUCAAUCUAAUCCCUAUUGUCAACAAUAUGGAUACCAACAAUAUCAAGGAAUGACUGGUCAAACACCAUAUCAACAGAUGACUAAUGGUUUUGAUCAAAACGUACUUCAGUCGCAAUACACACCACAGGUUCUUAAUGGACAACAAUUUCCUCAUUUAACUCAAGAGUUAGAUCCACAACAAAUUCAGCCGUUGCAACCCAUUAGUGAACCUAUUAAACAAUCAGACGAAACGCAGUUAUCAAAAACGGUCAUUCCUUCUGAUAAUAAACCAGAAUCGGAUCUAUUGAAACAGUUUGAUCCAUUAUAUUAGUUAAAUGAAGACAUUAAAUGUAAAAUAGUGCUAUAGUUUAUACUUGAAAUAUAU